UUAUUCGCUCGAGACCUUAUUCGCGAGCUGCUGGCCUCUUUUUUUUGUGUGUUCUACGUGAAAGUCUGUGCCCUCGUAGCAGUUGCCGCUCGCAAACAGCGCCGUGCCGUCGCCGUGGAUGCGCUCGUCGACCCACUGGCCCUCGAACACCGCACCGUCGGCGUCGCUGAACGUGCCCUGGCCCUCGUCCUCGUACUUCUCGUGCCCUGCACACACCACACCACACCAUGACACGUGGACCGACGGAUGGAUGGUUGCAUUUGUUUCGGUGUGCUGGUGUCGCUGGCUCACUGCUGUGAGGGAUCACGGUGCCAUCGGGGAGCAGAAGAUCAGCCCUCAGAAACGCGGUUGGCGGCGGGCGCUUGGGCACCAGCUCGGCGACUAACAUGUCCAUGAUGAACAU